ACUUUUACUUUAAAAUCACAAAUUAUGAAAUAUCUCGAACUCACAGACUUGGAUAUACUGAGCAAUAGCUUAUCAUUUACUUCAAACGAAUCAAAGGUUCGUACAAGAAUCGAAGCCUACAGUUGUAAGCAAGUAAAGAGUGACAAAAAGCUAUACAAAUUAUUAGAAAGCACCUAUAACACCCAGCCACCGAGUGAUACACCAUUUGGUAACAUGGAUUUACCUUCUACGCGUAAAACGCUCUACUUGCUUAUUUCGACACUUAAUCAAGCGUUCCCCGAUCACGAUUUCACAGACGUUAGACCGGACGAGUUUAUUAGAGAGCCUUCAUCGAGUUCUAUAGUUAAUAAACUAGGUAUGAUGCUGCUUCGCUUAAAGGAUGGGAACUCCCGCUCAUAUGGCUAUUACCCCACCACAACACUUGGUUCCAGUGCUGAUAGUUAUCAAUCGAUGGACGACCAUCAAUCACACCUUACCGCUCAAUCUACUGUACGCAGGAUACAAUCCGGUGGUUCAAUAACGAUGCAAGGUUUCCAAGCUAUCCUCGAUGACGUGAUACACGUCCAAGAUUGUGAUGUGUUCAGUUACUCUCCGGACGCUACUUCUGAUCCACAUAGUACUUUCGAUGAUUACGACGAUGACGGUGAUUCACUUAUGGACGACGACGAUGAUACACAUUUCGAUUUAGAUAUGGAAGAACUGGAUCAUCAACCAAAGUCACAGAUACCUUCUUACUUACUUGAUCAAGAUAAGAGAGAAGCUUCACCUGCUUUGUCGAAUAGAAGCACCGGUCAAUCGACGAUCGGUGAUUCAGGUUCUGGAUUACUCUGGUCGACCCAUUACUUUUUCUAUAAUAAGAAGCUCAAGAGAGUUCUCUUCUUUACCGUAUGGUCGAGAAAGCUUGGUGUCUACUCUCAAGGUCCUCAUCAUUUACCGAUAUCAGACAAUAAUCCUUUUUGGUUAUCUAGUUCUUUACCACCACCUGUGAAGCUUGAAGAUGACUAUGAUGGUUACAUGUUUUCAUCCUCACUGCCGACGAAGUCGAGAAGAACGAGAACGACGACGAGGAAGACAAAAGCAAGUGCAGGUGGUGCAGGUGGUAGUAAACCCAUACAAGUACCAAAGAAUAAGAGAAGAGCAGCUAAUGCCGGUGUUAGCAAAUCUACCAAGGGACUCUCAAAUGCUAAGAAGAGUAGAAAGUGAAGAAGCAAUAUAAGGAACAAUUUUUCGCUAUUAUAAACACCAUGUUGUCUGUAAAACUGUAUUCUAAUUGAUAAAUAAAUGUUGAU